GGGGUGCCCAAAGGGACACGACAUCACAAACAUCAUCCCCAGGGAAUUUUUAAGGUGUUCUCACAUUCAUCGUUGUCAUCGCUUUCGUUCCCGCCUCUCAAGUAUAAUAAAUGCCCAUCGCUGCCGUGACUGCCAUGCCGGUGAUGAACGUGCUAGACCCGUUGCGCGGCGUGCUGGGGUUCACGGCUGCCACCGUACUAAUCCCACUAGUCCUCGCGCCCAUGAGGUUCCGGAGCGCGCAGCGUGCUGAAGACAUGGCUGAAGAAGCCAAGAGCCUGGCAAAGAUCAGCAAAGUGAUGUAUGAACAAGAAGAAGCCGACCGGGAGGCUAAAGCCAGUGCCUGUGGAUGGAAGCUGCUCUUGAGCAACCCAAAAUAUGCCCUUUUUGCUUGUGCUGACAGUGGUAAGAAACUCCUGGUCGCUUUCCAGGGUACUGCUGCUCGUGCUGGCCUGGCGCAUGACGCGAUGAUCCUCUUCAAUCUCAAUGAGUUCAUGCCCCUUGUUGAAGAGGUCAUUGAUGAGGUCAAAACGGUCGUGAAGCAGACACCACAUAGUGACAUAAUAGUCACUGGACAUUCGCUGGGCGGAGCCUUAGCUGUUCAAUUAGCUAAGUCUCUCACUCAAGAGGGCAGCUUCCGCCGCGUGAGCGGCCACGUCUUCAACCCCGGCUCGAGUUGGGACUUUGAUAAGUACCUGACAGAAGAACGGCUGGAGGGAAUCACGGCGCACCAUGUGCUAGGGGACAUCCUCAGCGCAGGAUGGAGCAAGAGUAAGAUGGUUUGCUACAAGGCGAAGCAUCCGAACCCUCAUGCCCUGGCCAAUUUCAUCGGUUUCAUGUAGCUCAUCGUGCAGACGAAUGAGCACAGGGUUGCCUUUGGAAGUCACCAACAGCGCCAAAGAGCCAGCCAUCCGACCUGAACGAGC